AUGGGCGACACGGGCUCUUCAGCUGAUUAUCAAAACAGUGCGCUCGACGAGUUCCGCGUGAACUGGCAACGUGAGCUGCAAGUGCAAAAUGAACCAACUCGUGAGCAGCCUAAUGAAGUGGAUGAGCAGCAGCAGUCGCCGCUGGGACUAAAUGACAUUGAGGCACAAGCGCGGGCUGAAAGCUUGUACCGCACUGCCGUGGACUUGGAGCAGAGGGGCAAAGUGUACGAUGCUCUUGCUUAUUACCGCAAAGCUACACAAAUUGUACCUGAUAUCGAAUUUCGAUUUUAUGAGCAGCAGAAGCUAAAUUACGAUGCUAACAAAAAGUAUCACAACCUACCCAACGAUUUUGGCAAGCAACUUGAUUUGAAUCACACGGAUGCCAAGGAAGAUAUCGACGUCGAUCUAAUCGAUGGUCUAUAUGACAAGUUCCAGCGCGACGUGGCUUGCGUUGACAUCUAUGGUGGCAAAAUGUUGCUUAGUAGUCGUGAUACAAGUGUCAUUUCAACUAGUCACAACAUGCACAUCUCCGAUCUUCCGCCCGAGAUCAUGAUGAACAUCCUGCGUUGGGUGGUAUCCUCCCAGCUGGACAUGCAUUCGCUGGAGCAGUUCGCGGCUGUCUGCAAGGGCUGCUACAUCUAUGGACGCGACGAGGAGCUCUGGCGAUUGGCUUGUAGCAAGGUUUGGGGUCAUAACGUAGGCACUUUGGAGGGUCUGGAGGAUGGCUUGAGCUACGGCAGUUGGCGUGAUAUGUUCAUAAGGCGGGAGAGAGUGUUGUUCAGCGGCUGCUACAUCAGCAAGACAACCUACCUGCGCAUGGGUGAGAACAGCUUCCAGGAUCAGUUCUAUCGCCCACUGCAGCUGGUUGAAUACUAUCGCUACAUACGCUUUCUACCCGAUGGCAAGGUGCUAAUGAUGACGAGUGCCGAUGAGCCGGCUCAGGGAGUCAACAAGCUGAAGCAGGUGUACACUAGUCGUCCAGAUGUGCUGCGUGGUCGCUAUCGACUGUUCGGCAACAUUGUGACCUUAAUCCUGCAGAAGUCACAGUCGAGACCAGCAUUCACGCAGCGACAUCGUCGUGGCAGCAUGAUGCCCGGCGAUGAGGAGGCUAACAACACACAGUAUGUGAUUGAGUUGCGCAUUUUGAACAACUCGAAGCGACAGUUUGGACAGCUGGCGUGGACAAAGUACACGUUGGUGCAGCGUCGCAAUAAGAUCGAGAGCAGCUCGGAGUUUGAUUUGACUGCUGCCAAGUAUCCGCCACUUUGGUUCUCGCCAGUGAAGAGCUACCAUCUGGAUGCGGAUGCUCCGUUGGCCUAGUACCCAAAACCUUGUAAAUAAAACGAAUUGCAUAGCGUUUCUCUAAUUAAAA